AUGCCAGUAUUCCAACCCUCCAACCAGAUCAAACUCACGAAUGUAUCGAUCGUACGACUCAAGAAGGCCGGAAAACGGUUCGAGAUUGCGUGCUAUAAAAACAAAGUUAUGGAAUGGCGAUCAGGCGUAGAAACGGAUCUAUCAGAAGUGAUCCAGACCGACACGAUCUUCAGCAACGUCUCAAAGGGCCAACUAGCCUCGCAUUCCGACCUACUCAAAUCCUUCCCGGUCCCCAACAAGACUCCUGCAACAGUCUUACCAUCCGAAGAGAUCCUGCUAGAAAUCCUGAAGAACGGGGAGCUCCAAGUCUCGGAUAAGGAGCGCGCUCAAGCCCUGGUCGAUAAGAAGAGAGAAAUCAUCCAUCUGGUCGCCGAGAAGACAGUCGAUCCUACGACGAAUCGACCUCAUACCUCUUCCAUGAUCGAGAAAGCUCUCGACGAAUUACACUUAUCUGUCAAUCUAUCAAAGAGCUCUAAAACUCAAGCACUGGAGUUGAUCAAAUCAUUAUCAUCAAGACCGGAGAUCAUCUCGAUUUCGAGGAGUCAGAUGAAGAUCAGACUGACGAUCCCGACGACCAAGGAGAGCAAGAAACUGAAACCAAUCAUCCUCGAAUCGAUCACCAAAGUCGAAGUAGAUGAGACCGAUGAAGACCAAUGGGAGCUCAUCGCGCUAAUCGAACCCGGUCAGUUCAAAUUCAUCUCCGAUACUCUCAACCAGUUUCAUCUCAAAAACGCUGGAAAUAACACCUCACGCUUCAAGUUGGAAACCCUGAGUCUUACCGCUGAACAGGUCGAGGGUGAUGAAGUUUUAUGA